AUGCACAUGCACGCUUUGUGGUUUAGGGUCUUGCAUAUAUAUAUGCAAACGCAGGUAACGUAUUUCAAAUGUGGUGGAGUGUCACUUUCAGUCGGAGUGGACCACCGAAUUGUAGAUGGACCAUCUAGUCUACACUUUGUAAAUACAUGGUCUGCUGUCGCUCGUGAUGAUCUUGAUCUCUCAAAUAUUAAACCACCCUUAAUGAACAGGAUGUUACUUCGUGCCCGAGAUCCACCUCAGCCAGCAUUUCCUCACGUUGAAUAUCAACCUUUUCCACAGAUGAAAUUAGCUUAUGAUCAUCUGAAAAGCACAAGUAAAAUUACUACGUCCAUUUUUAGAUUUACGCGGGAGCAGCUCAACAUCUUGAAAGCCAACUCUGUGGAAGAUGACGGUGGGAAUAUUAAUACAAUCAAGUAUAGCACAUUUGAGGUGUUGGCAGGUCAUCUUUGGAGAUGUGCUUGCAAGGCACGUAAACUGCCAGAUGAUCAAGACACCAAACUUCUCAUUCCCAUUGAUGGACGGUCGAGAUUUCAACCCCCACUCCCACCAGGUUUCUUUGGCAAUGUCAUUUUUAGAGUCGCACAAAUUGCUGCAGCUGGGGAUCUCCAGUCCAAACCAACAUCGUAUGCUGCAAGCUGUGUUCAUAAUGCUUUGGUCCAGAUUGAUGAUGAUUAUCUCAGAUCAGCCGUUGACUAUCUUGAGCUUCAUCGUCCUUGUGCUUCCCCACUUGUUAUGGGGCCUCCGUCUAUGAGGUGCCCGAAUCUCCGGAUAAACAGUUGGGUUAGGCUGCCGAUUCACGACGCUGAUUUUGGUUGGGGUCGGCCCACUUUCAUGGGACCUUGCACACAAUUUGACGGGAUGGCUUUGUUGUUACCAAGCGCAACUAAUGAUGGGAGCUUAUCACUGAUGAUUUCUCUGCAUUCUGACCACUUGAAAUCAUUUUCCAAGUUGUUGUAUGAUAUAUGAGGAAAUGCGAGGGUCGAAGAAAUUUGGUUCUGUCCGGUUUGAAUUGCUGUUAUUCCCUUCAUCUUUAUUGGUGUUCAAAUUUGAAUUUGUGUAUUGGUUCGUGCACGUUGCUUGAUUGAGUGUUGAAACUUUAUUUCGAAAGUGUGGUGGACUUGUUGUCCACAAUGCUGGUUGUGUUGUAUUGUGAUUCUUAAUAGAGGAUUCUCUUUCUCAUGAAAUAAAAAGAAUA